AUGCCUCUCUUCGGAUCCAAGCGCGAGCCCAGUCCUCCACCUGCUCCUCCUCAAAAACACUCCAUGUUCUCCAGGCGCCGCUCUUCGUCCCCUUCAUACCGGGACACACGCCACAGCAGCUCCACCAGCCGCACUACUACCACACAUACUUCCUCGCCCAAGCGCACAUCUGGCAUGUUCAGCCGUGGCUCCGGAGACCCUAGCAUUGCUACUGCUAAGCAGAGCUUGAUGAACGCCGAGGCAGCGGAGAGGGAUGCUGACCGCGCGCUUUUCGUUGCGAAGAACGCUGUAAGGGAAGCAAGAGAACAUGUUCAUCGCCUAGAGAGGGAAGCUGCUGAGGAGGCGAGACUUGCGAAGAUCAAGCAGGGCGAGGCCAAGGCUCUCGGCAAGAAGGGCAAGUUGCUUGGAAGACACGACCAUGUCUAA